GCUGCGGGUGAAGGUGGUGGGUCUCUUCAAAAGCUCCAGCUUUCAGGUGUCGAAGACCAUCGCUGAGGUAACCCCUUCCCCCCCCGGCUCUACGCGCGCGCGGCAGCCCCCUGCCUCGGUCCCGCCAGCGCUGGCGGGGCCACGUUCUGCCUUCGGGCUGGGUGGGUGUGUAGAGGACAAACGCAGGUCGUGGGCAAGGGCGACCCGGAAAGAGACAAGCCAGCGCUCAGAACCGUACGUGGGGGAAAAGGUCAUUUCCGCGCACCUAUGCCUCGAGAAGCUAGUCCACGUGCAGUUUUGAUUGAAUUGCGGAUUUACAAAAUUCAAGCUUACGGAAAUAUCCUACCGCCUAACCAGCUGAUUUAAAAAAAAAAAAAAUCAACUCAUUGUGAUUUUUGGUAAUUUUAUUCUGGAAGUUUCUUUAUAAUUUCUGCAGUCUAACAGAACCCGAUGUUUCUCGGAUUCUUAAGAUGGCCCAGACGUGCUUUGAAGAAUCCAUGUAUGUCUUUGUAAACACGCAGAAUGAUAUAAAACACUUGAAGAAAAACAAAUCUAGCCAGGUCAGUCAUGCUGCAGCACACCCGCAACCUGAAAGCCGGAGGACGUGGGAGUUCAAUGGUGAAACACACACAGCUCAGACCCCGCGAUCUACCUUUCGUGCUGGUUUUUCCAGACUGCCCAGUUGGUUGCAAGGACAGCCAAACUCUGAAAAGUAAUUACCCAUCCAGAUUUGAAGAUCCUGUGAUAGUUCCUCUUCAAGAAUUUGCCUGGGAUCAGUAUCUACAGGAGAAAAAGAGGGACCUGAAGGGUGAAACCUGGGUAUAUUCCUCCUAUGUGAUGUGCUUUGUUAAUGAUCAAUUCCUGGGAAACGCAUUUGACCUGAAGAAGUGGGCCCAGAAGGUGUGGGACGUAGUUGAUGUUCGACCCUCUGCACUGUAUGAGGCACUUACUUUGAAUUAUGCCACCAAGUUCUUGAAAGACACCAAGCAUGAUUUUGUGUUCUUGGACAUUUGUAUUGAUCUUUCUCCAAUUGGAAGACUGAUUUUUGAGCUAUUUUGUGAUACAUGUCCCAAAACAUGUAAAAAUUUUCAGGUCUUGUGCACAGGAAUGGCAGGGUUUUCUGAGAGAGGUGUAAAGCUUCAUUACAAAGAUUCGAUUUUUCAUCGAGUAGUCCAGAAUGGUUGGAUACAAGGAGGAGAUAUAGUAGAGGGGAAAGGAGAUGAUGGAGAGUCUAUUUAUGGACCAACAUUUGAAGACGAAAACUUUUCAGUCCCUCAUGAUAAAAGAGGAAUUCUUGGAAUGGUCAAUAAAGGUCGUCAUACCAAUGGGUCACAAUUCUACAUCACACUGCAAGCAACUCCCUAUCUGGAUAAAAAAUAUGUGGCUUUUGGGCAGCUAAUCGAAGGAACCGAAGUUCUUCAAGAACUAGAAUUAGUUCCAACAGAGAAUGAAAGACCAAUACUUCUUUGCAGUAUUGCAGACAGUGGAAUUCUUUAUACCUGAUUUUCACAUCAGUCAGAUUUCCUGUGAUGGUUUAUUACUGUGCAUUUGAUCAGCUAUUUCUACAUUUAAUUAAAUGGUGCUUGAUAACAUUGGAUUCAAAGGCCGUGGCAGACACAAUAGUUGGUUCAUAUACCAGUCUCUCUUUUUCCUCUCCUGCUCCCACCACAGAGACAAUAAAUAAAAAACACUCAGUCUCCCAGGCUCCUUUACAACUGGAAAAGCCAUUUGAGAGCACUGUGGCCAGUGGGUCACUGGAAUACCAGUGGUCUUGUUCCCACUCUUCCAUCGUGUUUUGAGUAUGAUAGGCUGGGAGCCAAGAGAACUGCUGAGCCUCGCCUCACCACCUCCUCUUUCUGGAAUUUUUACUAAUAAGGCAAAUAUAACUCUAGGCUCUAUUCCUGGUUCUCUUCCUAUUAUUUUUGUUUCUUGUGGCCCUGAACAUGAUUAACCUAGCAAUAUACCUACUGAGUUUUUAGUCUAAAGCAUUUGUAAAUGAAUUAUGCUGUUUGUAACUAUAUUCCUAUCAUAAUAUACUUGAUAAAUUACUGACACAACAGGAAAAAAAACAAUUCAGUGUGAAGUUACAGUGCUUAUGCAUAACCUGCAGGAAGGACACGUGUAUUUGGAUGUUGUAAAUAUCAUCAUGUUUCUGAGCCAUUCCAAUCAUAAGAAAAUCAAGAGUUGGGGUUGAUCCUUGUGGGUUGGUCCCAAUGAACUGCUGGAGCCUUGUUUUAUCAGCUGCUCCAUCUGAAGGUCCCUAAGGCUACAUCACUUGUAGGGAAAGCUUUUAUAAUAUAGACCAGCAGGCCCUGUGCUUGACAUCCUCAGUCACAGUCCCUAGGAGAGAGAGUCUCAAGAUGGAGCCUGGAGACUUAAUUUAGUUCGUUCUUACUUGGACAGCUGAGCACCAGGAGGUGACAGAGUCAUCUGACCAGCGCCUCUGGUGGCAUCAUCGUAGCAUUGACUCUUACUGGUGACUGCUCAAUCCUCUACUGCCUCUACCCUUGUGCCUCUCUCAAAGGUGGCUUGUCUUCCAAGGAUGAUCUUCCCUUAAAGCAAUUCUGAAAGACAAAGGCUCUAAACUGAUUUGGGGCUUGCAAAAGGUAGGCAUUUAUUUUGAGACAAUUACAGAUUCACAGGAAGUUGCAGAAACAGUACAGAGAAGUCUUGUGUACCCUUCACCCAAUUUCCACAGUGUUCCCAUCCUAUGUAACUAUAGUACAGUAUCAAAAUAAGCAGCUAACGUUGCUGCAAGUGUGUGAUGCCAUUUCAUGAUGUGAAGCUUCGUGUCACAUACAAUGAAGACCCACCACCCCAAAGAUCACCCUCAGUCUACCCCUUAUUCUCACCCAUCCUGUCUUACUGCUGUGUCACAUAUACACCAAAUACAAAGCUCUAAUGGAGCUGAGAAGAAAGAAAAGUGUCCAUUCCACAUUGUCCACAUUGUCAACUGACCCGGAGAUAGCCCAGUGUUAAGAACUCUAGAGCCGGACUACCCGGGUUGGAAACCAGGCUCUGCCCUUUCCUACUGCACCAACUUAGACAAGAACUUCUACAGGCCUUUGUUUUGUAAUGUGAAAAACAGCUGGUGUUAUCCAAGGUCAGUAACUAAUCUUGUAUAAAGAGCCUAAAAAGAGGCUUGGUAUGCUGUAAGUGCUCAACAGAUGGAUGCUUUAUUUGAUAUUCAAUAAAUUACUUAUUGUAACC